AUGGGAUUAAACUUUAAAUAUGGAGGAAGUUUGUUACGAAAAAGGAAAAUAAUGCUAGAGCACAGUAUUCUUACAAUUUCACAUUUUGGCAUCAUCCGCUUCCCUCCACCAUAUAUACCAAGCUCAAGCCGAAGCUCAAACUCCACCUCCUCUGUCACAAUCCCUCCCUCCUCUUUCUCUUACUCCAGGCGGUGGUCUGUUCUGUUCCAAAUCAUUAAAUUCGCCAGAGUUUUACUACCAGCUCAUAAACGGAACCCACAUUCCCCAUUCGGUCAACCCAGAUCAGAUCUGAAUACUGUUCGUUCGUGUGCAAAAUGAAGGGAGUUAUAAUGCUCUGUUCCAUGGCUCCACUGGUUUUGGUUCUGGGACUUCUUCCUCUUGCUUUGGCCGGCCAUGACUAUGGCCAAGCGCUGAGCAAGAGCUUCCUCUUCUACGAAGCUCAGAGAUCCGGGUUUCUCCCCUCUUCUCAGAGAGUCCAAUGGAGGGGGCAUUCCGGUCUCCUUGACGGGAAAGCUAAUGGGGUGGAUCUGGUGGGGGGGUACUAUGAUGCAGGGGACAAUGUGAAAUUUGGACUGCCAAUGGCUUUCACUGUGACGAUGAUGUCCUGGAGUAUAAUCGAGUACGGCAAACAAAUGGCUGCCGCCGGUGAGCUUCAUAAUGCUAUGGACGCUGUUAAAUGGGGUACCGAUUACUUCAUUAAAGCUCACCCUCAACCUUAUGUUCUCUAUGGAGAGGUCGGAGACGGCGAUUCGGAUCAUUACUGUUGGCAGAGGCCGGAGGACAUGACGACUUCGAGAGUCGCUUACAAAAUCGACGCGAACAACCCGGGAUCCGAUCUAGCCGCCGAGACCGCCGCCGCCAUGGCCGCCGCUUCCGUCGUCUUCCGCCACAGCAAUCCUGCUUACUCAAACGAGCUGCUCCAACACGCCUACCAGUUAUUCGAAUUUGCGGACAAGUACAGGGGCAAAUAUGAUAGCAGCAUCACAGUGGCCAGGAAUUUCUACCAAUCUGUUAGUGGGUAUAAGGAUGAGUUGUUGUGGGCAGCUGCCUGGUUGUACAAGGCUUCAAACAACCAAUUUUACCUCAACUACUUGACCGAUAAUGGAGAUGCAUUUGGAGGGACAAGUUGGGCCAUGACUGAGUUUGGAUGGGACGUCAAAUAUGCUGGUGUUCAAACUCUUGUGGCAAAGUUCUUAAUGCAAGGAAAUGAUGGAGGGCAUGCAUCAGUUCUCCAGGAAUAUCAGAAGAACGCUGAAUCCUUCAUGUGUUCAUGCUUAGGAAAAGGGAACAGGAACGUUCAGAGGACACCGGGAGGCCUCCUUUUCCAUCAGAAUUGGAACAACUUGCAAUUUGUUACCAGUGCUUCCUUCCUUCUCACUGUCUAUUCUGACUAUCUGUCAUCAGCUGGCAAGACACUCAAGUGUGGUUAUGGAGCUGAUGUUAGCCCUUCUGAGUUGAUUUCCUUUGCUCAAUCACAGGUGGACUACAUUCUCGGGGACAACCCAAGAGCAACUAGCUACAUGGUGGGCUAUGGAAACAACUACCCGAAACAAGUUCACCACAGAGGGUCUUCUAUUGUAUCCAUUAAAGAAAAUUCUGCAUUUGUUAGCUGCCGAGGUGGGUAUGCGACCUGGUAUAGCAGCAAAGGAAGUGACCCUAAUCUUCUCACUGGUGCUAUUGUUGGUGGACCUGAUGCCUACGACAGCUUUGCUGAUCACAGAGACAACUUUGAGCAAACAGAACCUGCCACUUACAACAGUGCUCCAUUAAUUGGUGUUUUGGCUCGUUUACAUGCUGGUCAUAAUGGCUAUAGCCAGCUUCUUCCAGCUGUUCACCAUCAACCUAAGCCUGCUUCACAUUCACCUGGUCCACAUUCAUAUGGUUCACACUCACCUGCUACACGGAGACCUACCCGGACUCCUCCAGCUUCUUCUUCAGCUCGGUUUUGGAUCCAUCAGACGGUGACCAAAUCAUGGGUUCAUGGAGGGAAAAGAUACAACAAGUACUUGGUAACUGUGACCAAUAAAUCAGGCAAGACGGUCAAGAAUUUGAAGAUCUCUGUAUCUAAGCUCUAUGGUCCUAUUUGGGGUCUCACAAAGUAUGGACACUCCUAUUUCUUCCCAUCAUGGCUUAAUGCUUUGCCGUCUGGAAAGAGCCUGCAGUUCGUCUACAUCCAUAGUAGUGGUUCUUCUGCUCAAGUCUGGGUGUCUGGUUACCGCAUCUAAUUUACUAAAACAAGAAAAAGAAACAGAACUCCAAAGCAGCACGAUUUUUAUAUAAAGCUGUGUAGGGUGUCUGUUUCUGUCCUGUCUAUUUCUGUUUGCAGUGUUUUUUCAAGUCAUUGGUGGUUUGCAAUAUGUGUAGGAGGGGGUAUGGGAGAAGAAAGGAGUGAAGAGAGGAAUUUAAAAUGAGUGCUCAUCCUCUUUCUUCUCCUUGUGUGGUGGUUAGUGUCUUAGUGAGAUAUAUAUAUAAAUAGUUUUGAGAAGUGAGACAAGCUGACUUCUCAAGAAAAAAGAAAUAUGUAGUCUUCGUUUCUCUUUUGUUAACUCUUCUGCGGUGUAAUGUUGCAAUUUCUACAACAUUUCCUUCUUUCAUCAAGUUAUAUAUGAUUAUGAGUACACUUUGAACUUUGAGCACAUUAAUUUAUCUGCUGCUUAUUGAAUAUGUGUGAUGUAUAAG